AUGAGUUUCCAUCUCAAGAUACUAGCUAUCUCUGCUCUAGCUGCUACAAGCUAUGCCUCUGCUUUGAUCCAUUCACGGGCCACCAACACGUCCUAUACAAACUCCAACGGCUUGAAAUUUGACUAUUUCAACGCUUCCCUUCCUAAUAUAACUUUGAUAGCCACCGGCGGAACUAUUGCCGGCAUCAGCGACGAUAAAACCGCAACAGCGGGCUAUGAGUCCGGGGCAUUAGGAAUCAACGAGAUUCUCUCUACCAUUCCAGAAGACUUGGACAUCGCCAACAUCAAUGCUGUGCAGUUCGACAACGUCAAUAGUGGGGAUGUUUCCUCGUCCCUCCUCUUGAAUCUUACACGUACACUGAAGACGACAGUUUGCAACGAUCCCACCAUGUCUGGGGCGGUGAUCACCCACGGCACCGAUACGCUCGAGGAAUCUGCGUUCUUUGUCGACGCGACCGUCAACUGCGGCAAACCUAUCGUCUUUGUUGGCUCAAUGCGCCCAUCCACUGCUAUUUCAGCCGAUGGUCCUAUGAAUCUUCUUCAGGGAGUGACCGUCGCCGUAGACGAGGACGCCAAAGACCGCGGCUCGUUGGUUGUCAUGAAUGACCGUAUUGUCUCAGCAUUCUUCGCGACAAAAACACAAGCGAAUACCAUGGACACGUUUAAGGCCUAUGAGCAAGGAAAUUUAGGAAUGAUUGUGUCGAACAAGCCGUACUUCUAUUAUCCGGCUGUUCAGGCAAAUGCAAAGUACUUCGCUGACGUCGAGGGUGUGAAUGCCAUUCCCCGGGUGGAUAUUCUGUAUGCGUAUGAAGACAUGCACAGUGACUCGAUUUAUAGCGCAGUCCAGAAUGGCGCCAAGGGAAUUGUGGUCGCUGGCGAGGGCGCAGGAGGCAUCUCCACAGAGUUCGCUCAAGCCAUCAACGACAUAGUGUCUCGUGUCGGCAUCCCCAUCGUUCUGAGCCACCGAACCGUCAACGGGGAGGUCCCCACGUCUAGUAUCACGGGUGACAAUGAGAAGACCCAGAUUGCCAGUGGAAUGUUCAAUCCGCAACAGGCGCGGGUCUUGCUUGGGUUGUUGUCGGCGGAAGAUAAAGGGCUCGGGGAAAUUCGGAGUGUGUUCAGAAAAGCCACUACUGCCUAUGUAUAG